AUGGGCAGUUGGCUUAAAGAGACCUACAUUGUAAAUAGUUUAACAUUAGAGGUUACCGAAUCAAAUAACAGAAAGAAUCUCUCAAAGACGCCGUGUAUUUCCAACCAAAAGGCAAUCAUACAAGCAGUCAUACCUGGAAACUUCAAGAGAAGAUAUAAGAGAAGCCCAUACGAUUCUGGCGUCUUGAUUUACAAAUUCACUGUUAUCACGUGUAUACUCUUCAAUCGACUGGUUAUGUCUAGACUCGAAGUAGUUUACCGUCGUUUCUUUCAGUUUUGGCUCAUUUUUCCAAACUAAAAUUAUCAGUCACGCUCAAAAGAAUGUCAUUUCAACUGAUGCUGACAUCGCACACUUCCUCUAAAGAAGAAAUGAUUCUGUAUCUUCGAAAAUUUGCUCAACAGAUCAGGAACAACAACGAAAGUCCUCAGCUGCUUGAAGAUACCGCUGACUAGCAUGCGUUUUAUCGCAAGUGGUGAGAACGUCGUUCCCAGGUUCCAGACCUCGCAAAUUCUCCCCUUCCCUCCCCACCCCCGGACUGGUUUCUUAAUCCCCUUGAAGAAAGUCUUCUACAGCCAGUGCUGAGGAGUUUUAUUACAGUUUUUAUUUUAAAGAGGGGCUAGAAAAUAAACUAACAAGAGCUCCGCUUUUAGGCUUGGCUAAAUCUAUAUAUUAAUUGAUACUUUCUGAAAUGACUACCGGCAAAUCCUUUCAACUCCUGACCAGUGCUCGAUCUAUUUCUUAAACACGACUUUUUUAGAUAGCUCAAGGAGCCCAAAAAGCUAUUUCAUUUAAGCCCAAAGUUCCAACUGGAUUGUUUUAUAUAGCUUGUUUCCUCAUAUGUUAGCUUGUUCGACUUCUGCACAAAACGAGGGAACUCCCGACUGAACAACAAAUGAAUUUCUCACCAAACUGCACUUUGUUCGUUUGCAACAAGUGGGACACCAUACCAACCUCAGAGGGAGAUGUGGUCAUAGCGCACACAAUCAACAAGUUGAUUCAGUGUUUGCCAAAUGUCGACAUAAGUACUCAAAUUAUCCGCCUUUCAACUACUAAAGCUCUAGGGGCCCAGAAGUUUGGAGUCAUGAAUUCAGAAUUUGCCCCACUUACAGAUAAGAUUGGCUGUUGGGUUUCGAAAAGCAUCGAAACAAGACUUGAACAAAAUUGGAGGUAGUUUAGAUCAUUUCUAAAUGUAUGUUAACUGAUCAUGAAGCUACUAUUUAUUAGGCAAAAAGCACCUCUUUCAGUAAUGGCCUGUCAUCAAGAUUUCUCUCUUUCCAACAAAAUUCCGGCACUGCUAUAGACGAAAGUAGUUGUAUAAAUUUACACUUUUUCCUGAUUGCUUAAACACUCUCCUCGAUGGAGGUCUAAGGCGAAAGAAGCCAUAUCCGAAGUGUAGUAAUUGAAGGAUAGAUAGAGACCUCCUCCUCUGAAUUUCCAUCAAACAAAGUGUAAAUGAUAGAAUCUUGCAAUAUUCCUUUGAUGACAUUAUGUCUCUCUACUAGAGCAGCUAUUCACCAUCCAUCUCUGACAAAUAUAUAAGGAAUAGGUGCAUGGACGGCUACCUUAGAGCCCUUUCAAAUUUUCCUCGGAGAAAUCGGGAAAAAAUGUGUACCCAUGGUAUAGAAUUAAUAAACAUCGAUCUUCCCUGUGCGUUCAACUGGUAACUAUAUUUGAUUCUUCCUUAAUCUGUUCAGCUGGCUAGAUCUUUUGCUGUCCCGAAUAACCUGGCUGAUGAGUACAUUAAUAAGUCAUAUCUCCACUGACCAUGUGGCUGCAACCGAUAGAGUAAAUACUGUGAUAGGAAGAUUGAGGAAACUUCAAGCAGAACAGGAGCCACCGAAAGAGACAAUAACAAUGUCUUCAAAGCAGGACUCGUCAGGCCAUCCACACCUUAAUCGACCACCUACAGACUCCCCAAGUGAAAAAGAGAUUUUGCAAGUGAAACUCUUACGAACCUUCGGCUGUCAAGAAGUCAUGGGAAGUUACCAAGGCUGCCCUUGUUAA